GGCGCAGCGGCAUUGCGUACACCCACUUUGCUACGGUGCUGUGCGGACCGGCUGCCCACCGUACGCCGCGAAACGAUAGGCAGGCACCGCCGGCCGGCGGUGGAGCACGCUUUCGCCGGCGCGCGCGCGGUAGACACAAGGCCCAGCAGCCCCAAAAGGCGCACGCAGCGCUGCCGCAUCAUGGCGCCGUGGAGCCUCAAGACCGUCGCGAAGCGCCUCAUGGGCGAGGAAGAGCAGCGCGUCGUCCCCGUCAACGAGCGGCGGACAAAGCGCACCUCGGAGACGAACCUCCUCGCCACGAUGGGCCAGGAGGCGCCCGCGGACCUGUUGCGGAAGCUCCGGGGCCAGAAGCUGUCCCAGAAAGUUUUAGAUGAGAAGCUCCUGGAAGUGAUCAUCAAGCUCGACGCCCUGGGCGCGAGCGGCGAGGACGUCGUGGGAUGGGAGUCGAACAUCGAGGGCAUGGACCUGGACCACGAACGGCGGUCGGUCCUGGCGGAGCGGGCGCCGCCGUCGCGAGACAUGGCCACGUCGCCCACAGCGCCCUUGGAUGACGACUCGGCAUCAACGUCGCGCACGUCGUCGUUCGAACGAAGGGCUUCUUUCGAGGACCUCGACGCGGCGCGCGUGAAGCAUCUGAUACGGCCUCGACGCGUCUCGCCUCUGUCGAGGCCGCCGGCGCCGGCCCCCGAGACGAUCGUGGAUCCCAUCGAGGCCCUGGCGCGGUCCUCGGCCUCAAGGGCCAAAGAUGCAAGGAGGCGGUCGCGCGCCUCGCGGUCCGAUUUGGGGUCGUCCAUGGGCUCGCGGCCGUCGACGGCCGAGCGGGAGCCGGGCGACCACCUUCCACUGAAGCCGCGCCGGUCGGUUGGUGAAGAGGAAGAUGAAUUUAAUGCAUCAUUGUGGGACGCCGCCGCGCUCGGGAGGAUCGAUCUCGUGGAUCAAGCCUUGAAGCACUUGACGGUGGACGCGCCGGACUAUGAUACACGAACGGCUUUGCACUACGCGGCCGCGGAAGGCUACGCGGACGUGUGCGAACAUCUGUUGAGGAAGGGCGCGGAGAGUUCACCCUUGGAUCGGUAUGGAAAUACGCCGCUCGGCGUCGCUUUACGGAACCAGCGGGAUGACGUCGUUGCGGUAUUACGAAAACAUGGCGCGAAGGUGGGCGACACGCAAUUGAAUACGCCGCAGUCGUCACAAAGGCACCAGCAGCUCCUCGUGGCCGCGGCUUCUGGAAGUUUGGCGGAUUGUCGGACGUUGGUUGCCGCUGGGGUGAGAUGCGACCUGGGCGACUGCGACAAACGAACGGCCCUACACCUCGCGGCGAAGCACGGCCAUUUAGAUGUGGUGACGUGGUUGGUGGAUUCCGCCGGCGCGGACGCCGCGACGCAAGACCGGUGGGGCAAUUCUGCGCUGGACGACGCCGUGCGGUUCUCUCAGAGAGAAUGCGCGGAGUUCCUCGAAAAACGAGGCGCUCGAUUGCGGGGUUCCCUGAAUGAAUGGAAAGUGCCGUCCUUAUCUAAGAGUGUGGACAAAGCUAGGAAGCGUUGUGAGAGGAUGGUGGGCUCCUGGGACGAUACCGAUGUACUAGCGCUGGAGAAAGCCUCGGAGGGCCACUCGUUACUAAUACUGGGCGAGGCUAUUAUUGGAAGAGAUUCAAAUGUCGACACGACGAAUCUGCGGAACUUUUUACUAAGGAUCGAAGGCGACUACGGGGAUAACCCGUACCACGGCUCGUUCCACGGCGCGGACGUGCUGCUGACGACGCACAACUUCCUCGCGACUCAAAACCUGCUGAGGCACUUGACAACGGUCGAUUUACUAGCUGGCUACGUCGCGGCCGCGGUCCACGAUUAUGCGCACCCCGGGACGAACAACGCGCACGAGCGCGUGGCGUCCUCCGAGCUCGCUAUAAGGUACUCGGACGACACGAUCCUCGAGAGGCACCACUGCGCCGCCGCCUUUUCCGUAUUACGGGAGCCGCGCUUCGACGUGUUCAGUCAUUUGACGACAGAUGAGAGGAAGCAAGCUAGAGCGCUCGUGAUCGAACUGAUCCUCAUGACCGACCUCGCGAGGCACGGCGAAUUCAUCGCAAGGCGCCUGAAACCUCUACUCCCGCGCGGCUUCAAGGCCAACAAAGAAUCACAAGACUGGCAGAGCCCCUUCCACGACCAAGAUCCGCCUUUUUUGUUAACUGUCGCAGUCAAGUUCGCAGAUAUAGGACAUGUCACCAAGCCCUUCGAGCUGCAUCGCCAGUGGACGCAGCGCGCGACGGAGGAGUUCUGGCGGCUCGGCGACAAGGAGAAGGCUCUAGGUAUGUCCGUCUCACCCUUAUGCGACCGAGACAAGGACACGGACAUUGCUCGCAGCCAAAUCGGCUUCUUCAAGUUCGUGUGUCUGCCCUUCUACAAGCCCGUCUUUGACUUGGUAAAUCCGGACAUGGCGCCGGCCAUAAACUGUCGGGACAACUUCUGGAGGUGGCUAAAUCAAAAAGACGCGCGUGAAAAGGAUAGUAAUGGGGGGAACCGGUCGCCGCCGCCCUUGGUGCGGGCUCCUACAACGUUGGCGGCUCCGCCUCGUUUGAAGCGUCGCGCGUCCGUCGCCGUCUCGACAAUGAGUUUGAUGCGGCGCCUCUCGGGCGGCCGGCCGCCGCGGCCCACCGCCCUCGCUUCUACUUAGGACCCUAUGUGUAUAUAUAUGAGUAAGAUGGUACUGGUUAUUUUC